AUGUAUAAGUUUCUUUUGGCAGAAUCGAAAAUGCGGAUGACGGUUUCCACCAGCAGGCGACUGAGUCGUUCCUUGAAGGUGUACCUGUUACAUAUUACUACAGUGGAGAAAAUUACCAUCGUCAGUUCCAUGGGCCUGGUUGUUGUAACUGUUGAAGUGGCUCUAAGGGAAGGACAAAGUGAAGGAAAAAAUAUUUUAAUUGAAGUAACGGGAUAG